CACUAUUCUUGAUGUCGGACCAUUUAUUACUAGACAUCUGAGAUUUCCAGGGUCAUGCAAGAUGCAACGUCAACUCAUAAAGAAUCAUGCCUGAAUUGCAAGACAUCUGAGACAUGACACAACAGCUUGACAGCUUCAGAGAGACUGUUUUUAGUUUUUAGACAACUAUAUGUGUUACUAUAUGUGUAACAUCAAUGCUUGGUACAAAAGCCUCAUAAAGGGUCAUACGUAACGUUUAUAUACUCUUAUGUUAUUGAAUGAAAGUUAUCGUUUAGUGUAACUGAGAUCAAAUGUUGGUGUAUAUCAUUAUUGAUGUAUAUGUUGAUGUUUUGCUGCAGGUUUUGCUGCACUGUUGCAGUGACACAGACACGCCUACAAAAUAAACAUGCAUUCUUCAACUCUUCUCUACAUGUGCAUUCUGAGCAUGCUCAGUCUGUCUCAUGGCAUUCCUAUCCACUCAGAUAAUCUGAAAAACUUGGUCAAACUGCAGGCAGAGACCAUCAACGCAAGAAUCAAGGAACACAUUGACAAGUUGAAUCUGUCUCCAAAGCUGCUCAUUGGGGCCGAUCAUCAUCCUGAGAUUCCCAUUGAUAAACCCAUCCAAGGGAUGAGCUCCAUCAUGGACACUCUCACCACCUUCCAGAAGAUUCUUAACAGCCUGCCCAGGGGUCAUGUGAGCCAGUUACGCAUUGACGUGUCCACACUGCAGGAUUACCUGAAUCAAAGAAUGAGGUCUCUGCAAUGCACGCCCAAGAAGACCGCCAACGAGAAGUCUCUGGAAGCUUUCUUAACGGACAACGCCACCCACCCCAUCACCGUCGGCUACAUGACUUUAGACAGACUACAGAAAUUCAUGCAGCGGCUCACGGGUAACCUGGAGCAGCUAAAGACCUGCUAAUUACUCGUCUUCAUGUGCCAUUAUUGUAGCAUACAAGUACACUAUUUAUUAUAUUUAUUUAAAACACUAUAUAUUUAUAAACCAAAGCAGUAUUUAUGCACAUUUUCUAUGAAUUUACAUGUACAGUUUUAAGAUUAAUCCAAAAGUACUUCCCUGAUAUUAAAGGGGAUAGGGCAGCCCAAAAUAAUACAUAUUCCGUCAGCAUUUACUCACCCUCAUGUCGUUCCAAAGCCUGAUGAUGACGACUGUUCUGUGGUACACAAAAGAUGUUGUUCAUUCUGCACAUCAUCUCCUUUCAUGACAGAAAGUCACACGGGCUUGGGACAAAAUAAGGUGAAAAGAAUUGACCGUGAUAUUUGGGUGAACUACACUGCAAAAAACGAUCCUCUCAUGGGGUAUUUUUGUCGUUUUCUUUCUAUCUGAACAUUCUUAAAACAAGAUGAAUUUACUCGAUAAACAAAAAAGACAUUAUAUGCAUAAACAUUGACAAAAUAUCUAAAUAAAUAAAACUAUUGACCUUGGGGUUUAUUUGUCUUACCCAGACUGUAGGGUGUAAUCGGAUUACACAGUAACUUUAAAUGCUCUGUCCUCCAUGUAAACAAACACACAGGCGGUCUGUUUCUGCACACAUUGCUGUAUCACUCUCUGACCCGUUUGCUUGAUGACAUCACCACUUGCUGAGCAUGCUUGAUGAUGUCACAGUCUUACCAGAAGAGCUCAGUCAGAGUCUGCUGGGAAGCACGGAUCAUUUUCUACUUUUACUUCUUGCUGCAAUGCCCGCAGGGGCCCAAAGUGAACACGUUUCCCAAUUGGGCAAGUUCACAUUUAAAAGUAUUGUUAUGUUACACAUGAUAUUAUCGGCAAGACCAUUUAAGUGAAACGCUGUUAAGUGUUCAUGCAUUUCAGAAUGCUUUCAAAGUGCACAUUUGAGUUGAAAUCCCAGAUUAUCAAUGUGCUCAUGGACUUUUGGACCCCUACAGUACAUUCUAUUUUACUACGGUAUAAAUCAAUGCACUUUGAAUAGUUUUGUAUUUUGUGACUGAUAUUUUACUGUAAAGGUUUCUUUUUUUUUUUUUUUACAAAAAUGUCACUAAUAAAGAUAUCUUUA